CCUGACCAGAGCGAGGGGCAGCGGCGAGCAGACAGACGUCGGGAUGUAACCGUCAGCGGAAGAAUUUGAAGGACCGUUGACCAUGCAGGUAGAAAAACAAUUUCCAAAUAAACGGAUAAAUAGAGCAGCUGUGGAUGCAGAUAAAGACUCGACUCGAGUCCCAUCGUUGUGAUUUACAGUCCGGUUGGCGUUGGAGCUCCUGGUGGCGGAUUAAUAACCGGUCGUAAAGAAGAAGAAGGAGGAGGAGGGAAGACUCUGAUAAAGGAAGGAAGACAAAAGGGGGAGUGUGUAAAAAAAAAAGAAGGGGGCGAGCGGAUAAAGCCUGAGCGGAGACCAUGAGCUCUGCACUCCCUUAUGACUCGCUGUCGGCCCGGCCGAGUCCCAGCAGACGGGCUUUGGAUUGGGAGCGGGAGCAGCUAGCGGUCAGAAGACUUUCCUCCCCGCUUGGUGUGAACCUGCUCACUCCUCCUCCUCUUCCUCGGCGACCUUCGGCCAUCCCAGGCUACCUGCUGCCUCCCUACCAAGACCAAGAGGAGCAGCUUCACCAGCAGCACCAGCGUCUGUCUUUGUCCGUUUGCUCCGAAGCCUCGCUGGCGCCUCCUGCCCCCCCGCCGGUGGGUGCUGCCCCACCUUGCUGUCGCCCAGUGGGAGUCAUGCACCUCCUCCGUCUGGGUCUCCUGGCUUUCAGCUGCCUCUUCUGGGCAGCUGGGUUAGCCAUCUUCACCCUUGGUGUUUGGGCGCAGAUCUCCUUGGCGGACUACAUGACCCUAUCAGCCAAUCGGUACCCCAACGCCCCGCUUAUCCUUCUCUCUACCGGGGCCGCUGUUACUGCUUGGGGGUUCCUCGGUUGCCUUGGGGUGGCUGCAAACCUGCCCUGCGUCCUGAGGGCCUAUGGGUUCUUCCAACUUGCUACUCUAGUUGCCGGUUUGGCUGCUGGACUUUCUGGGCUCUUCUACCGUGAAGACAUCGCCGGAGGAUUUCGCAGUGGCUUGCACCGAGCCGUGGCAGGCUACACGGAGGAUGAAGGCCGUGCCGACGCUCUAGAUAGCCUGCAGAGAGCUUUGGAGUGCUGCGGUGCUGAGGGUUGGCGUGACUGGCUGAAUUCGGACUGGGCCAUCCAGCACAUGACUUUCCUUCCUGCUGAGAACGGCACCUCGGUCUCCCUUCCCGACAGCUGCUGCGUGAGGCGGAAAGGUUGCAGGAAUCGGCCACUCCUGUCGGAUGACAAUGACGGAGUGGCGGCUGCAGGAAUCCAUCCACACGGCUGCUUCCGGAAAGUCUUCAGCUUGGUCAACGACAACGUCUUCCAUAUUGCUGCCUCUGUUUUAGGGUUGGCCUUCACACAGAUCGGGGGCAUUGCCCUGGCUUGUCUUCUGGCCAACAAACUUACACCCAGACAGCACGGACGUGUUGUGGCACACUAAAGAUCUGACUGUUGUAUUGACAGGUUGGUUCUGAAUGAGGGAUGACAUCUCAGAGAAGUAAAGUAUAGGAACAGGAGGUUUGUUGUUCAGGACGAAAGAAUCAAAAAUGUGACCUAUUAUGCUUUUCAGACCACAUUAGGAGAGAUUUACGGGUUAAUCAAAACAUACUAAUUACAUUAUUAUUUUUUUUUUGUUUGUUUUUUUGCACAAAUUCAUUCUUAGAUAAUGAGAUUUCAGUCUGCAUGACUGAUCUGUUUUAGGGCAUCUGGUCACUUUAAAUUCAAAUAACCUGCUGCUGGCCACAGCCCCCAACUCAACAUUUACACUCGCACACAAAAUGGCUGCAAAAAGAUGCGCAAUUAUACAACCAUCUUUGAAAAGCAGAAGUAGAGCCUCCUGUACAAGCAACAAGAAUGGAGCAAAUGGUUUCUGGAUGGUAAGUCAACAACAAAACACUUCUGUUUUCCAGCAUCCAUUGUACAGCGCAUG